AUGGAAGAGCAAGAAACCGUCAGUGCAGAGCGCGGCGCCGAAACUAGUGCAGCCCAGGCGAGCGCCGGGAGUACUAAUGACGCUCAGGAGGAGCCAGUGUCAACACGCAUUGUGCAAGAUCGUGCCACUCAGGAUGCAUCAGGACCUGCUCAGAUCACCCUGCCCAAAGUCGGCAUCGAGGACUCAACACAGCCAAGUGCGCAGAUUGAUGGGGCUGUCGGACAAGAGCGAACAUCGAAUGGCCCGCAACACAGUCUAAAGAGGGCAGCGGAAGCGAGUGAAGGAUGGCAAGCUUCAGAUGGGAGCUCAGCGGAGGCUGCGAAGCGACCUCGGACAGAGACCAAUCUCCUCCUGCCAGCUGUGACGGAGGUGCAGAAAUGUCCUGCUGAUCGCCUUGCUGCUCAGCUUGACAACCAGUCCAUGCCCUCAUUAGCGUUGCCAGGUGGACGUUCUGAAAUCGAGGCCGACUUGCCAACGCCAGGGGCCGUAGCAGUUCAGGACAAGCCUCGCCCGAUCGUUAUUAAGCAAGAAGAGCGAAUACAAGAACAGGGCGACUCCGUGCUCCGAGCGAGCCAGGCUGCCUCUACCUCUAACCAACACGAGCUCUUGGAACUGGAGACAUCAAGCACUGCACGCCCCAGGACAGAAGCCGUUGCCGAGGAGAGCACGGCUUCUUCGAAUGCAAGUGCGGCUGGCCCGCAGGAUGUUGUGCAGGCACCGCGCUGGGCGGAUGACGAUGCCGGACGUGCGGAGAGCGUGCACGACAUUGCGGCGAGACAAGAAGAUCAUCGCGAAGAUAGAAAGAUUAUCGACGAGCAGCAAGGUCGUCCAAUUGUGGUCGCCCCGAACUCUACUCCCGACAGCCCGCCGACGGCGAAUGUCAAAGCAGGAACUCAGAACACGGAUUCUGCAGGCGAGACUUCAUCUGAACUCAUCGAAGCCCCACCGCGCACUUCCUUGUCCCCUUCUUCGAAGACGGAGAUUCCAGCAGACGCAGCCGCACGUCUCGCAGCAUUUCGCAAGAAGUGGAUUGAGCCCCAAGAUCCAGCUCCAACAACCUCAGUCUCUGCGUCGGAAGAGGGACUGGCGCGAAUGCUAGGCCUUCAAGCCCGCACUGCUCGACCUUUUGCUGGGCCGGCAGCUUCGUCUUCCUCAGGCUUGCCACAAAAACCACCUCUCGCCACUACAACGGCUGCGCUGCCCAUGAAGCCAGGCGUGGUCAUCAGACCUCCGAAGCCUCAACAAUACCCCUUCAAUCCACCUAGCCGCCAGAGACCUGGUCAGCACCGAAGUGCUUCGACAAGCAGCAGCAUCAGUGGAGGAGGCAACGCUCAAUCGCCGCCUGGUCCCCCUCCAAGACCUCCAGCGCGUGGUAGUGGGCCGCCAGGCCCUCCUCCGCCUCCCCCACCUACGCAUCCUGUGAAGGCGCCGGGACCACCGCCGACCCUAUCGCAAGGUCACAGGGCUGAUUACGUGCCGACAAGAUUCCCCACCGCCCUUCCGCCAGUACCUCCAAAUCCUGUUCGUCCGGUGACGAGACCGGAACCGCCCAACUCAGCUUUGCGAGUACCGCAGUGGGAGACGGUGAACACCUUAUCCAUGCUGCACCAGAAGGCAGGAAUGCAUGCAGCUCGUGCCGCUUUCUCGCCAGAGAAUGACUUACAAGGGCAUUCGGGAGCAUUGCACCAGGGAGAUAUGAACGACGCCAGGCAAGCUGUCAAGGACGCUCGCAGCUUGGCCGCGAAGGCGACUAUACGAUUGUGAGUAUUUUGCACAAUGGAAUCUAGACUGCCUAGGCCUGCCUGCUCGCCCUUGUACUGAUGAUCAUCUUGGCUUCUCCUUCCAGAGAUCCCACAGUAAAGCAUUCUUCGUGCUCGGCUUGUCAAACGCCCUUGCUCGCCGGUCUGACCGCGACGGUCCGAAUUCUGACAUCGGGACCCCACGGCCGCGUCAUCAAGACCGAAUGCAGUACUUGCGGGUACAGCUUUGAUAUUCCUGCCCCACCCCUUGGAGGCCAAGGAGAUUAUGCAAGCCACGAGGGUAGUAUGUACACUCAAAGACCGACCCGAGAGCACGAUUUCCCUGAAGGUUUGCGACGAGGUUGGGACAUACAAAAUCCAAAUCAGGAGCCUUCCAUGCCUGCGGCUCAAGCUUCGGGCCAGUAUACGAGAUUACUGAGUACCGGUCCUGGUUUGGCAAAUGGACAGGGUUCUAUCGGGCGUCCUUUACCAGCUCAAGAGCAGAAUUAUCCAAGUCAUGCGGGCACGAACCAUACUUAUUCGCCUUUCCAGUCGCCGGGUCAGCAACACACCGGAGACAUAUACCGCGAUAUACAUCGCCCUCAUCAACCAUUGCGAGAUCACCACAACCCACCUUCGUCUGCUCAGUCUCCCAUUCUGCCGCGCGAAAGCGCUGAAUACGACCCACACGCAGCCAUUCCGCUCACCUCAGACUCUGGACCGCACGCAUUCUACGGCCAGCCGCACACCACAGCGUACACGAGCCACGAAGUCAAUCCAAACCCAGCAAUGCAUCAAACUCAGCCAUGGCAUGGCUUGCAUAGUGGUCACGGCCACAGCGGGCCUCUUGCAUCUCCAGGAGCAAGCUCGUGGGGUUAUACGCAACCUUCCACGCCGAGCCUUGGUGCAGAUCGAAUCAACCCAGCCGACUUUUCUCACUCUGACCAAGUUCACGUGACUCCAUUUCCCGGUGGAUAUGCCGCGCCCUCGUCAACCUUCUCUCAACCUCAGCAGUACGCUAAGCAGACCAGCCACUCAACCCUCGCACAGCAAGCUCCCCCGAGGACUGUUCCCAAACGAUUUGAUUAUACAGCAUACACUCGACCCGAAAAAUAA